AUGACGUCUGAGGAAAGGCAAAAAGCAGUUCUAAAUAGUCGCAGUUGCUUUUUAUGUUUAGACAGAAAACAUGUAAUAGCUAAAUUUCCUGUUAGCACGAAUAAGGAUGAAAAUACGGAUGCAGUACCUGAACGAGAUGAAACCCUCGCCAAUUUGGCGAGAACAACAAAUGUGUUUUUGCAAACUUUAACGGUUACAUUGAAAGGGCGAGAUAGAAAGCGCCAGGCCCGUGCUAUUAUCGAUUCAGCUUCACAGAGAUCUUAUAUUUUAAAAAGCACUGCAGAUGAAAUGAAAUUUGAGAGUACAUCUAAAGAAAGAUUGAGCCAUUCAUUAUUUGGCGGGUCAUGUACUGAUGUCAUAAACCACGAUGUUUUUACAGUGUUCUUGUCUAAAACGGAUGGAACUUAUCAUUGUAACUUCAAAGCUCUUAGCCAAGAUAUUAUUUGUGGAAGUAUACCACCAGUUGCUAAUGGCGAGUGGAUUCAAGAGCUUAAAGAGAACAAUAUAUCCGUAUGCGACGAUAGUAAUGGACCAAUAGAAAUACUUAUUGGCGCUGACAUUGCAGGCAAGUUGAUGACCGGAGGAUUUAAAUUGCUUACUUCAGGCCUUGCUGCUAUAGAAACAAAACUUGGUUGGACUCUUUUCGGGAAAAAUGGUAUGCGUGAGAUCUCGGACAAUUCCGCACUGCUCGUCACAUCCAUGUUGAAUAAGGAAAUAUUGAUAUCCGAUCUAUGGUCUCUAGAUUCACUUGGAAUUCUAGAUCCAUCAGAGAAGAAAAGUAAACUGGAACUUCAAGAAGAAGCAAGAGAUCAUUUCUUGUCUACUGUAAAGGUGAACGAAGAGGGGCGUUUUCAAGUCAGCUUGCCAUGGCUUGAUAACCAUCUACCGUUAAAAGAUAACUAUGACUUAGCUGUAAAGAGAUUAGCUUCUACAGUAAAACGACUAAAAGCUGAGAAACUUUAUGAUGCUUAUGGAGAAGUUUUUAGUGAAUGGGAACAAGAAGGCAUCAUAGAAGAAGUACCAAAAAGCGAAAUUGAUGUAACAUGCCAUUAUCUACCACAUCGACACGUAGUAAAAGAAAACAGUACUACACGAAUCAGGCCAGUGUUUGAUGCCUCGGCCAAACAAAAAGGAUCCCCUAGUCUCAAUGAUUGUCUAGAAAAAGGUCAGAACCUUAUCGAACUGAUUCCUUCAAUUCUUCAUAGAUUCCGAAUGAACAGAAUAGGAGUUUCUGCAGAUAUACGAAAAGCAUUCUUACAAAUAAGUCUCAACCCUAAGGAUAAAGACUAUCUAAGAUUCUUAUGGUAUAGAACUGAUGGAAAACUGAAGUAUUACAGGCAUUGUAGGGUAGUAUUUGGAGUUACAAGCAGCCCUUUCUUGCUAGUUUCUGUAAUUCACCAUCUUCUAGAAUCCACUUUGAAACAACUAAAUGGAAACCCAAAGUAUAAAGUGGAUAUUAUUGAGCAAUUGAAGAAGAGCUUUUAUGUAGAUAAUUUUGCUUCAGAUACUUUAGCUACAAGAAAGCUAGAAUUACGUGGUUGGGAAUAUAGUGACCCAACAGAUAAUUCCUCUAGUACCACAAAUGUAUUAGGAAUGAUUUGGGAACGAUGUGGAGAUUACCUUUGCCUUAAUAUUACUAACAUCACCUACAGUCUACCAGAAAUUUUGUCUAAAAGAGAGAUUUUAGCUACUACACACAAAAUAUUCGACCCUUUAGGAAUAGCUUGCCCCGUAACUCUUGUGCCGAAACUUUUACUUCAGCACCUAUGGGAAGUUAAGUUAUCUUGGGACCAAGAAGUUGAUUCAAAUUCAAAAUCACAAUUUUGUAAAUGGUUGAAUGAUUUGCAGUGUCUGGAAAGAAUGAGAAUACCAAGAUGGUUAAACUGUGAUCGUGAGAUUGAAAAUAUCUCACUUCAUUUCUUCAGUGAUGCGAGUAAACUUGCAUAUUCAGCUGUGGCCUUUGUUCGAGUACAAACAAGAGAUUCGGUUCAAGUUCAUUUGGUGCAAGCUAAAGCGAGAGUUGCACCCAGCGGAAGGAAAAAGACAACAAUAGCUCGAUUGGAACUUCUUGGAGCUACAAUAUGUGCACGUUUAGCAUCCAGCAUAAUACCUGAAUUUCAAGCUGAUGAUAUUUGUUUUUGGACAGAUUCGUCUACUGUGCUAGCUUGGAUACAGAGAAAUGAAGUAUGGGACGUAUUUGUUCACAACAGAAUUAAGGAAAUAAAGCAACUGACUUCUAUUGAAUCCUGGAGGCACGUACCAGGAUCACUGAAUCCUGCUGAUUUGCCCAGUAGAGGAUGCUCUGCUUCUUAUUUAAUUAAAUCCAGAUGGUGGGAAGGACCUAAAUGGCUAUAUUUAUCACCUGAAAAAUGGCCAAAAGAAGAUUUUAGUGCUGAUGAAGAAGAAAUAGCUCUUGAGAAAAAGAAAAGGAUUAUUUCGUCCUUAAUAAAUCUUAAUGCUAGUGAAAUAGUUGCUACUAGAUUCUCAAGUUAUC